UGCAGGCUGUACCCGACCUUAUUUGCGCUGGCAACCCCGGGGAGGGCUUCUUCACCCAGUACAUCCUCAGAAGAAGCUUAACGAGCUCGGGCCGAUGUCCUGAGCUGACACAGGUCAGGACCUGCAAGGGGAGGCACGAUUCAGUACUGAGUGAGCGUGUGUCUGGCCUUUCUGCUUACGUGGUGACCCACGUGCAGGGAGGAGCUGACACGCGGGGCCCUGCUGCCUACAGCUCCUUGACGGACCUCAACAUCACACUCGCCAUAGAUUAGCCCCCAUCGAAAUAGUGUUGCACUCCUGUAACUCCAGGCGGCAUCGUGUGCCCUCAGAAAGCGGAAUGCCACGCACCUGAAGAUGUCCCUCCCUGACCUUCAGUCUUUAGGGACAGCCAGGAGGAGCCAGGCUAUGUGCUAAGCCUCAGGGAGGCAAAUCCCCCUCCCAGCCUUACACAGAUCACUCGUGAGAACGAGAGAGCAAGCAUGAAGCUGGCCGCGGAGGUUGGGGUAGACAGCAGAGCCGGGACCUGAAAAGUGCUGAUAACCUAUCUAACCCCGGCCGCUCCGGAAAGGACUUUAGUCUCUGCAGCUAUCAGAUCUCUGCGGGACCAGCUCCUAGGUAGGCUGAGAAAGGAAGGAAGGCAGGAAGAAGACAGUGCAGGGCUGCCUGCUGUCCACUCCACGCUGGCAACAUGGAGCCAAAGGGGACCCAGCUUCGGAGGAGAGAAGGGGCGGAGGAGCAGAAGGGAGCCUGUGGAGACGGUGAGCUGCCCCACACCCACCAGCAGAGGCUCAGGCCGCCUGAGGGAAACACGAAGAAUCACAGAACCGCAGACUUGGUGCAAUGGACCCGGCACAUGGAGGCUGUGAAGAGCCGGUUUCUGGAGCAAGCGCAGAGACAGUUGGCAGAGCUGUUGGAUCAGGCCCUGUGGGAGGCUGAGCAAACCUACCCGCAACAGGACAGACCUCUUCCCGCCGCUGCCCCAGGGCCCUCCGGCAAGACCCAGGAGUUCCCCCCUGGCAAAUGGAAAGGGAAAGUUUUCGUCACCCGAAAGUCCCUGCUGGAUGAGCUGAUGGAGGUGCAGCACUUCCGAACCAUCUACCACAUGUUCGUCGCGGGCCUGUGCGUCCUCAUCAUCAGCACCCUGGCCAUCGACUUCAUUGAUGAAGGCAGGCUGGUGCUGGAGUUUGACCUCCUCAUCUUCAGCUUUGGACAGUUGCCCUUGGCGCUGAUGACCUGGGUCCCCAUGUUCCUGUCCACACUGCUGGUGCCCUACCAGAGCCUGCGGCUGUGGGCCCGGCCGCGCGCCGGGGGCGCCUGGACGCUGGGGGCCGGGUUGGGCUGCGCUCUGCUGGCUGCCCACGCCGCGGUGCUCUGCGUCCUCCCGGUCCACGUGGCCGUUAAGUGGGAGCUGCCGCCUGCCUCGCGCUGCGUGCUGGUGUUUGAGCAGGUCAGGCUCCUGAUGAAAAGCUACUCCUUCCUGAGAGAGACGGUGCCUGGGGUGUUCUGCGUCACAGGAAAGGGUAUCUGCGCCCCCAGCUUCUCCAGCUACCUCUACUUUCUCUUCUGCCCUACACUCAUCUACAGGGAGACAUACCCCAGGACGCCCUGCAUCCGGUGGAAUUACGUGGCCAAGAACUUUGCCCAGGCCCUGAGCUGUGUGCUCUAUGCCUGCUUCAUCCUGGGCCGACUCUGCGUGCCAGUCUUCGCCAACAUGAGCCAGGAGCCCUUUAGCACCCGUGCCCUAGUGCUCUCAGUGCUGCAUGCCACGGGGCCAGGCAUCUUCAUGCUGCUGCUCAUCUUCUUCGCCUUCCUGCACUGCUGGCUCAACGCCUUCGCCGAGAUGCUGCGCUUCGGAGACAGGAUGUUCUACAGGGACUGGUGGAACUCCACCUCCUUCUCCAACUACUACCGCACCUGGAACGUGGUGGUCCACGACUGGCUCUACAGCUAUGUCUACCAGGACGGGCUGUGGCUCUUGGGCAGGCAUGCCCGCGGGGCCGCCAUGGUGGGAGUGUUCCUGGUCUCUGCAGUUGUUCAUGAGUACAUUUUCUGCUUUGUCCUGGGGUUCUUCUACCCGGUCAUGCUCAUGCUGUUCCUGGUGUUCGGGGGGCUGCUGAACUUCACUAUGAAUGACCGACACACCGGCCCAGCCUGGAACGUCCUGAUGUGGACCUUGCUCUUUCUGGGCCAGGGCAUCCAGGUCAGCCUGUACUGCCAGGAGUGGUAUGCCCGGAGACACUGCCCCUUGCCCCAGACAACAUUCUGGGGGCUGGUGACACCCCGAUCUUGGUCCUGCCAUCCCUAGAAGUCAAGGCCCCGUACUGACCAGAGGAUGGCAGCAAACUCUUCUCUACCUGCAAAGCCCAGGGCCAGGGCCCCUCACUGCCCCAUUUGGAGUCAGGACCUGCCAGGGGCAUAGGGACUGAGGUCCAUACCUCAGUGGGCAUCAGACCACAGGCUCAGUGUGGUGUGAUUGGAGUGGGCACAGGUCACCUGAGCCACAGAUCUCCAGAUGUGAAGAGACUCAGAGGAACAAAGGGCCACCAAAGUUUGACUUGUGUUUGGUUCUUUCUGCUCCCCACAGUGCAACAAUAAAAUCUCUGUCUUCUUUUCA